AUGGCUGUGGAGAACUCUGUCCUGCCCCCACGUCCCGACUCACUCACUUUGCCUGUGGACUACAAGACGGAAAGCGAGCAGGAGGCAGUCGCCGAGGCCCCGGUGCCACCUGCCGAUGGCUGUGGUGUCUUCAACGUGUCAGAAGAGCUGGGCCAUGUCAUCACUGCCGAUUCCGCAAAGGUGAAACGUUCGUUUCAGUCCAAGAUGGCCGAAAGGGAGGCAACAGCCAAUCAGACCAGGAAGAAAACCCAGGGGCCAGAGAAAGAGAGAGGACGAUUUGGAUGGGCUCGCGCACGUCGCAAGAGACAGCGCUACGUGGAGAAGAAUGGACGCUGCAAUGUGCAGCACGGAAACAUGCGGGAGACAUAUCGCUACCUAACCGACAUUUUCACCACACUAGUGGACCUCAACUGGCGCUGUUCGCUCUUUGUCUUUGUCAUGGCCUACGCUGUCACGUGGCUCUUCUUCGGCGCCAUCUGGUACCUCAUUGCCUACUGCAGGGGCGAUCUGGACCACCUAGAGGAUGAAACGUGGACACCAUGCGUCAACAAUGUCAAUGGCUUUAUCUCAGCCUUCCUGUUCUCCAUCGAGACAGAGACCACCAUUGGCUACGGGCACCGCGUCAUUACUGACCAGUGUCCCGUAGGCACCAUGCUGCUGCUGCUGCAGGCCAUCCUGGGCUCAAUGGUCAAUGCCUUCAUGGUGGGCUGCAUGUUCGUGAAAAUCUCGCAGCCAAACAAGCGGGCCGAGACGCUGGUGUUUUCCAAGCAUGCUGUCAUUUCACUGCGGGACGACAAGCUAUGCCUGAUGUUCCGGGUAGGCGACUUGCGCAGCUCUCACAUCGUGGGCGCCAACAUGCGAGCCAAGCUCAUCAAGUCCAAGCAGACACAGGAGGGGGAGUUCAUCCCUCUGGACCAGACGGACAUCAGCGUGGGCUUUGAGACGGGCGACGAUCGCCUUUUCCUGGUAUCCCCUCUGGUGAUCUCGCACGAGAUCGACGCCCGCUCGCCCUUCUGGGAUAUGUCGCAGGCCCAGCUGGAGAAAGAAGACUUUGAGAUUGUCGUCAUCCUAGAAGGAAUGGUGGAGGCCACAGGCAUGACCUGCCAGGCACGGAGCUCCUACCUUGCAGAAGAAGUGCAAUGGGGGCACCGCUUUAGCCCCAUGAUGUCGCUGGCAGAGGGAUUCUUCGACGUCGACUACGGCGCUUUCCAUCACACUUUUGAGGUGGACACACCCUCCUGUUCGGCACGAGAGCUCUCAUUGACUGCUGCCAGGCUGGACGCUCACCUCUACUGGUCCAUCUCCAGCCGCCUGGACGAGGAGCCUACGCUGGUCCAGCAGGCGAACAAAGAGUCGCAGGCACCACCGUCUGAGAGCGCUCCCACCAAUGGCAAAGGGGAGACGCCCACCUUCAUCGUCGGUGAGAUGACAGAUGUCAGCGCUCCGCUGCCAUCGCUGAGCGAGCCAAAUGGCAGCAUCCAGUCAGCGUGCGAGGCCUAG